CCGUCACAGUGCUGGCUGGGUAUACAAGCGUGUACACCUUUGGACUUUAAAUAGUGCCUUGCGUGCAGCCGCAACGCAGAGUUUAAACUGCUCCAAUUCUCAAGUGUUUUUACCCCCCUCCCACCCCAUCUUGAGUAGGAGAGCAAAACAGUAAACAUUCCAAGGAGACGGCGGUUUAGACUGGGUUAUUUCGAAAUCCAACGAAUCUCAGUUUUAUCCUUACUGUUUUUCCUCUCCCGGUUGGAUUGCAAUAGGUAUUUUUCUCCUCCCCCCGUCAGAGCACCAUGUCCGACGUCCAGCUCUCCACUACUUUGGAGCGAGUGGCCGCAAGCAGGACCUUCCCUCAUCACGCCAGGACGGGAGUCUGCAGGAACUUGUUCGGCCCGGUGGACCACGACGAGCUAAACCGGGAGAUGAAAUCCAAAUUGCUGGAGAUCCUGGACCGGGACCGGCGCCGGUGGAACUUCGACUUCCAGACGGACACGCCACUGGAGGGGGACUAUGGCUGGGAGGAGAGUAAGGUGGACAGCGUCCCCGACUUCUACAGAGACUCGGUCCAGAUCGGCCGAGUGCGGAUUACCGUCCCAGUCCGGGCCAGAACCUCAUUGGAUACAAAUUCUGCUAGGGACUGCCCUCGGGAUGUACCUGCCGCUUGCCCGGCGCUGGGCAGUCGGCUGUCCUGCUUGGAAGGCACGGCGAGCUCGGGGGAAACCAACCAGGAGAACAGGGCGGAUCACCUGAAUCUGGGAAGAGCGGCGAGCUGCAGGACCGUUCUUUGCUGCCGACGGAAAAGGGCAUCUGCAGUCGUCACCGCAAACCCAGCCACAACGCACAUCACAGAUUUCUACCCGAAGAAGAAGAAAAUGAGCGAGGCUAAGCAACAGCCCGAGAGUGACUCCCAGCCAUCUUCAGUAAUCCCCACAGAACAGACUCCACGCAAGAGGAUUCGCUAAAUGGAAAUUGCACUACAUUCUGGCGAAGAGGUCUCUUUCUGCUUUCGUCCGACGGAGAGGCGAGGCGGCUGUCUCUCCCGAGUUUGGACUCGCUCCUGGGCGAGGAGUGAGAGAGAGGAGAGGACUGGGCUCUGGAAGGACUGAAAACAUGUAGCAUACCCGCGGCCCGGUUACCGAGCAGCUCGACAGUGUUAAACUUUAACAGCUGUGCAAUCUUUAGUUAUGUCAACACUGGCCAAAAGUGUAAAAGCUUUAAGAGUCAUCAAUAUUAAAGAUUAUAUAUAUUGUUUAUUUCUGUUGAUAUUGCAUCUUGGAGUUGUGUAUAUAUAUUUUUAAAAUAUACUAACUUAUAAUUAUUUAUGUAUCGAGUUCACAUGGGCGAAUGCCUAUUGUUUUGUUAUUUUGAGCCAAAGGGCAACUUUUUUUUUUUGCUAUUUACGGAAUAAAAGUUAUAUUUUUGUUUUGCAAUCAGUAAUGAUGUAGCUUUGGAAAAGUAGUAUUACUUGAAGAUUAGGGUCCAAAUGUUUCUGAGCCGUUUUAUAAUCACUGCCAUUUCAUUUUCCCCUGAAGAAGCGAAUAAAGUUGAAAGGUUCAUUCCUAAA